CGCCGCUCCGCGCAGCUCUCUGACCGCCUCCUCUCCUUCUCUCGCCGGGAGUCAGGCUGCACACUUGCCGCAAGGAGGAUGGAGGCAGCGGGAGCGUACGGCGCCGCGAAGGCCGGGAGCGUCGCCUUCGACCCGGUCGCCUUCUUCACGCACCCCCGGACCAUCCUCAGGCUGACGUCGUGGGUUUUCUCCAUGGUGGUGUUCAGCUGCAUCGUGAACGAGGGCUACAUCAACAUCGGCAGCGAGCGGUUGCUAUGCGUCUUUAACAACAACGCCGAUGCCUGUAACUAUGGAGUUAUCAUGGGCGUGGCCUGUUUCCUGGGCAGCAUCUUUUUCCUGAUUCUGGAUAUUUACUUCCCCUCCAUCAGCAGCGUGAAGGACAGAAGACGGGCUGUAAUGCUGGACCUCGUCUUCUCUGGUCUUGCAUGCUUCCUGUGGUUCGUCGGCUUCUGUUUCCUGGCCAAUCAGUGGCAGGCGACCUCGCCAGACGAGCUGCCAUUGGCCCAGGGCUCCGACGCCGCCAGAGCCACCAUCACUUUCUGCUUCUUCUCCAUCCUGACCUGGGCUGUACUGACGCUGAGUGCACUGCGGCGCUUCUUAACCGGCAGCAACACCAACUUGUUCACAUGGCAACACCUGGACCCGCCCACCGGCGGCGCUCGCGCCACGCCGUACCCCAUCGCCAACGGAGCGACAAUCGUCACCACCAACCCCUACCAAGCCCCGCCCUUCACCGAAACCCUGGACCCCCAGAAGCUCACGCAGCAGAGACCUGUGGCCCCCGCCUUCUAGAGACAGAGGCGCGUGUUGGAGAUACACCGCAAACAACGGCCCGCCUCUCUGAUUAGUUUUAGGCUGUUUCGAUCCUCUCCUGGGAUUGGUGGGCUUUGUGGGUCACGUGAGGAUGUAAGAUCUAUUUUCACCCUGGCAACUGCUGGCUCAGCUUAGUUAGUAGAAACUCUGUGUGUCAAGAAUUGUCUUCUUCUGCAAAUGCACACACGCGCACACACGCACACACGCACACACAAACACACACACACACACACACACACAUUGAUGCACACUGCUGUACUCACUCACACCUGGAUAUAUAUGUGUACAAGUGGAAACACAUAAACACAUAUAUGUGUAUAUAUACAUAUAUAUAUGGAUACAUAUAUAUAUACUAUAUAUAUAAAUAUACAUAUAUAUAUAUAUAUAUAUAUGUAUAUACACACACACCUGGAGGUACACACACACACACAACCUGACUGCAUGUUCGUAUUGGACGUAUGCAGAAUAACAUAGAUGUAGAUCUGUGAUAAUGCUCCAUUUGCCUUAUCAAGAGAUACAAGGUCUUAGUGAAGGAAAUAUGAAAGGCAGUGCAUUUUUAUUUGAGGGCAGACUGCAUACAGCCCUGCAGAGAUGACGCCUCCGAACAGGUGACAUUGGGACUGACAGGCAGCUUGACCAAUAGAUUUCGAGGAAAUUAGUGCAGGGUUGGCCGACAUUUUUACAUCUCUUGGCAAGAAAACAAAGGCAGAACAGCUUAAUGCAUUCUGAAUGCUAUAGUGUUUCAGUGUGAAAUAUUCAUGUGAUUAAAUAUUUUAUUGUGAUAUGCAGAAGUGGUACAGUUGAAUACUGUAUGAAAAAUAAAAUC